AGUUGCAGUCUGGCCAUGGGAAGAGGAAACCACCACACUAACCAUGUGUCAUCUGUAACCUAGUGUCUGAUUCAGAGCGACAAGCAGACAAUCCUGUCUAUACAGUAUAUCUGGAACACAAGGCACAAGCUGGACUGUGACAAGCACUCCCCAAACACACCAGGGAAUUCUUCUAUGAUGGAUUACGUAUUUUCACGCCUAAAACAAGCUGGACCCAACGCAGAAGUAGCAUAAGGAUCCAUUGCCGGACUUCAUGAAUCUAGAUAAUGGAGCAGCCCAUUAAAGAGGUUAUGGGAGCUCCAAAAGGUUCGGAACCUAUCCUGAUGGAGAAGACAAAUAAUGACUUUGUGAUUACAGUUCCAAGGGUGAAUGAAACCCAACUGACAGCAGCAACAGGAGGAGCAGAGCUCUCAUGUUACCGCUGCACUAUCCCCUUUGGAGUGGUCAUACUAAUAGCAGGAGUGGUAGUCACUGCCGUGGCUUACAGCUUUAAUACUCAUGGAUCCAUUAUCUCUGUAUUCGGGCUGGUCCUUCUGUCUUCUGGACUACUUUUGUUGUGCUUAAGUGCCCUGUGCUGGAAAAUAAGGCAGAGGAAAAAGAGAACAAAAAGGAGAGAGAGCCAAACAGCCUUGGUGGCAAACCAACGGAGUUUAGUCACUUAAGAAACAUCUACAGAAAAUGUAGAAUGAUACUGCUUAAAUAGCUUGGAUCAGCAAAAAUAAGUAGUGAAGCAAUCCGCAGGUUUGGAAUUGUAUCACGCUGGAAUGUUUAGAUUGAAGAUGACUUGGGACAUGGAAAGAUAUGUGAUACAAACCAGUCAUGUGGUGCAGCAGCCUAGCAUCCCUUGAUCAGUCAUGAGAUGAACCAGUUUAGAGUUCCCUGUCAAAGCAAGAGUUUCUUCAAUGUCUAAAGACUCAAAUACAUUACAUUACAAGCUAAAUAUGCAUCAAACAUCAUAAUAAUCUGAAUAUGCAUUGAACUUACAGUAUAUACUGGAUAUGCCACACACUAAGCCAUUCACAUAUAUUGAAGUAUAACAAUACCAUAUGAUUAACGGGUCGAAUCAUAUCUGAAACAAUUGCUGAUUAUUUAGAUUAAUCGAAUCUAAAAUGAUUUAGAUCAGUACUAUCAACUUCAAGGCCCUGUCAUUUUUAUGCAGUAAGGGCCUAGCAAUAAGUAGUCAGAUUUUUGGAUUUCUUCUUUUCAUUGGAUUUUAUUCGUUUGCAUCAGUCUUUAUGGCUGCAGUGGUCCCUUCUGGGUGAGUGGUCAUGAAAUACCUGAGGUGUUAUUAUUAUGUAUUGCUAAUGUUAUAUCAGCAGGUGCUCAUUUCCAUUUAUGUUAUAUCAGCUGAUGAUGACUUCCUUAUAAAAUGGGCCUGAAAAGAUUAAACCUAUUAAAAUCCCAGUGCAAACAAGUAAGUGUGCACUCGUAUAUGUAGUUAUGCUAUACUGCUAAACCAGGCAACAGUAACCAUUUCUAAAAACACAUGCUUGGAAAAUGAGACAUUAUUUUAAGCUGCAGUUGGGGGCUUUGAUAUAUCUGGUAUAGAAUACAUAGGUACACAUGUAUCAUACCAUGUAAUUCAAAUUCUUGUUGCAUUUUUCCUGACGCCUGAUGGGAAAUAAAUCCAAACAUAGGCUAAUCAUAUAUAAUCGCUACAUAAAACUGUAAGAUGCAGAUUUAUUAAGGUUUGAAUGGUAAAUUCGAAUUUUCAAAUUUUUUUUUUUUUUUGUCAAAACUCAAAUUUUAAUUCACCAACUCGAAUUUGAAUUUGAAUGUGAGAUUUAUCACUCUCGAUUUACUCUCAAACAGUUCUAAUUCGAAUAUUCCUCAAAAAAACGUGUUGUACAGGUCAAUGGCAGAGGUCUGACGAACCAUUUAAAUAUGUUAAUUGCCGUCGUAACAUUCAAGUUUUUUUUUUGGAGGAAAACUAUUCGAAGUCGAGUCAAAUUUUCAGGUGAUCGAAUAUUAGACGUUCAAGUUUUUUUUAAUUAAUAAAUAACCUCCUAUUCGAGUUGUGAGUACAUUCAAGUUUAUUACAGUUAAAAAAUUUCAAAUUACUUCUGUCCCCAUGGGUUUAGUCACAGUAGGAAAAGUUCCUCUGUAAAGAAAAAAAAGCAUAUAAUCAGCACUUUAUAACUAAUUACAUCAUAAUUAGUCUACACUUAAGACCAACAUAUAUAACAGGCCAUGGAGUGUUUCUCAAGAUAACACAAAAGCAAGUUUCUGCUUAAAAUAAUUCUGUUCUGAAUUGCUGCCUAUACAAUGCAAGGUUGUUUCUAAGCUUAACUUAGAUGAUCAGUUUACUCUUAAUAACUAUUCUAGGACAUGAAACAACAAGAGCAGAACUACGCAAAGCAGUUGGGGUAGAGCUGUUAAGGAGAAGCAACUGAUGGUAGAUUGAAGUCAGAAUUAUUAUUUUAUAAUUAUUUUUACAGUUUUAUUGUCUAUGACCUUCAUUUGAAAUAGCUGAUUAAUAGACAGACGUUUUUUUUUUUUUUGCUAAGGCACAUGACUUUCAUGGUACUUGUAGUUAUUUUUUUAUGAUUAAUAUUAUUACUGUAAUAAUUAUGGUGUAUUUAGGUCGCUAUUUGUAAUUCUAUUUGCCAACAAUGAUCGCACUAUGUGGCCCUUUGUAUCGAAAAAAAAAAAA